GCGGUGCCUUUGUCCUACGGGCUCCUCAUAUUUCCUGGGUUCGAAGUACUCGAUGCGGCCGGCCCCAUAGAGCUGCUUAAUGUUCUCUCCGUUUACAUGGGCCACAAUGAAAUUCAGCUAAGCGUGAUUGCCGCCACCCUGGACGUUGUAACGCCUGCGCUUCGUGGUCCAGAUGUGCCAGGCCACCGCUUUGCUGGCAAACAGCAUUAUCUCCCGACACACACCUUCGACACGGCGCCGGCCCUCGAUGUUCUCAUCGUGCCUGGCGGUGUCGGCACUUUCAAGCCGGCUGAGAAGAUCGGGCCCAUGGUCGAAUUCAUUCGCAAUGUCUACAACGGCUCCCUCGGCAACCCGCCGCUGCAGUACGUGUUCAGCAUCUGCACCGGUUCUCGGCUCUUUGCAGAAGCUGGUAUCCUACGGGGCCACAAGGCCACGACGAACAAGCAAGGCUGGAAGAGUGUCACCAAGUUGACAGACAAGACGCACUGGGUAGCCAAGGCUCGAUGGGUUGCAAGUGGAAACAUAUGGACAACCUCUGGGGUUACUGCGGGCAUGGAUGGCAUGGUGGCGUUGAUUGCACAGAUCUAUGGGGACGAGAAGGCCGAGGCUCUAUGCGACAUGGUUGAACACUCUCGUCAGAAGGACCCGGAGAAUGAUCCUUUUGCU